AUGCCUCCUGAAUUCACUGAUACCCACAGGACCAAGAUACGUGAAUAUUACUUCUCUUUGAAAACGUUUGCCGACGUAACGGGCAUUAAUUCUACAGAACGACAGUCAACAAGGUCGCAGAAGGCAAGAUCUAAAUUAUUGAAACUUUCUGAAUUACAAUUCUUUGAGUUGACUACAGAUGUCUCAGAUGAGCUGAAUAGAAGGAUAAAUGAAGAUCUAAAUAAACCUAGUCAUCUUCUUCCAAAGGAAAUAUUUCAUUUAAAACGUAAUCAGGCAAGACAAAAAUUGGCAAAUUUAUCUCAAAUUAGAUUUAAUGACCUUAUUGGGGACAUUCUCUACGAAAUUUCAAGAAGAGGCUACGAUAACACACCUCAAGAAGAAAUUGUAGAGCCCGCUAAGGAGACUCCUGGUGAUCAGAAUGCAACUAGUUUGACCAUACAAACUUCACAGGUCGUACCUCAAAAGGCAUCCAUUGAUUGGUCUUCAGAGGAAGAAGAAGAAAACUUCAAGGACAAUCGACCGCUUCAAAUCGAGUCUACUCAACCUAUUGACGAGGAUUCGCAUGAAGAGCCUGAUUUGAACGUAGAACCUGAAGAAGAAUCGCACCCAGUGACAGAUGAAAUAGGGCCGCUUUCAAAACAAGAGACUUUCGUUCAUGAAUACGAACCUACUCCAUUAUUCAAAGAAGAACAAGAGUCCAUGCAUGAAACCUCACAAAAUGAUGAAUCGUCAGCAUCGCCUGUUCCUAAUCAACACUCAUCAAUUGAUACAUCAGACUCACAAAUUGAUAUGUACGACAAUAAUAAAAACGAAUCAAGGAAUCCUCCAAUUUUAGAUCAAGAUGUUUUGAAAAAAGAUCUACAAUCAGUCAUACAUUAUAGUAGCACACCUUUAAAGCAGAAUAGUUCACAGAAACAAGCAGUUGAUAUCAGUCCUGUUGAUGAUAUCAAAUUAACAUCUAAGUCGGCGCGUUAUCAAAAUGAAUUGAUUUCCUUAAAUAAUCAAAUUAGUGAUCUUUCAAUUGAAAACGAGCAUUUGAAGCAAAAGAAUUAUCAAUUAAAGUUAAAAUUAUCUACUAAUGAACUAAUCUUUUCUGAUGAUCUACCUAAUGAUAUUUACGCCGAUAAUGACGAUUUCAAUAGCGAGUUUUCAGCAUUGAUGAAGAAUGUCUUUAAUUUUAUUAAAGUAAUUAACAUUGACGUUGUUGAAUCUAAUGAAAUUGGAAGUACUUUAUUCCAAUUUAUAAAUAAUCUAAUAGAAUUGAUUAAUAUGAAAGUAAAUUUGAAUUCAUCUGACUUGAGUAAUCAAGUUGUUCUUUUAAAAUCAACUAUCUCACAGACAAUUACCACAAUAAGAUAUUAUUCUCUAUACUUCAGAACAAUGCCGAAGAUUGUUAUAAUAUCUAUGAUUAACGAGAUUAUCUUCUCAGUUUACAAUUUACAAAACAUCAAGAAACUUGUGAAAAAACCAACAAUCUCAAUUCGAAACAAUGAUUCUGUAAAACCACUUAAAUUAACUCAAAAGAAAAAUACUUUAGUAGAGCCAGUGACGAAGAAAACAAGCACCGCCAUACCUAAAUUGAUAAUCCCAAUGACUCCUAUUCCAGAUACUAAACUAAGAACCAAAGAAAAUCCAAACAUAGAUGAGUUGGAUAACGUCAACAAUGGUAGUGCACCUCUACGAUUUAAGAAAAGCGAUGACAAUACCGUAUCUCCAGAGCAUAUUAAGGAGAAUAACAUCUAUGUAAAGCAGGAAGAAGUAGAAGAUAAGCAUACUAACGUAGAUCAAUCAGAACCUUUUGAAAAUGUCGAAGCUAACUAUCAAUCUGAGCCAGAAAAAAUUGAAGAAAAAUCUGCUGAGCCGGUUCAGCAUUAUUCAGAGUCGGUAAAGCAAGAAGAUAAUCUAAAGGUGAAUACCAUUGAUGAUAAAAUUAAGCACAAGUCAUUGAAUUCAAAGAUCGAUAUUUUAUUAGGUCGUCAUUAUGAUGAGGUUAAUCUCCCAUCAAUUGAAGAAUCUAAGAAGUCUUCUAUUGCAACCGAUAUUGAGGAGACGAUUAAAAAUUCUUUAAUUGAGACAAAGGUGCCAAAGGCUGCCUUAAACAACACAAUCGGACCUGAAAAUGAUAUCAAGACUGAUAAGGAUGUAGUUACAAAUAUGGAAAUAAAAUCAGGUUUAUCAUCUGUAUAUUUAAAGGGCGGUGACUUUGUGGAUGAGAAGGAAAAUUCUCCAGUUAAUCAUGAUGAAACGUUCAAAGAACUAAAGAAAUUAAAUAAAAAUCCAAUCAGAGUGAACACAUUCCAAGGUAGCUCUCUUAGAAAAAUAAAUCUAGCAGGUUCCGAAGAAGAUAUUGAUACUAAUGUAAGAGGUCUUGGUUUAACGAUAAGCGAUGGUACACCGGUGAAUUUCGUCCCGGAAGGUGAAAUUGAAAGCUCUACAGAUGAAACAGAAAAUGAUGAUGAUAUGAAACAACCAGCAAAGCCUGUAAUAAAACCAAGAUCUCCGUUACGUGCCCAAUCAAUUACUCAGUUUCCCGUUAACAACCUGGAAAAACCAGUGAUUACUAUAACAAAAGAUGAAGAUGAGAUUGAGAUUACCAGCGAAGUAGAAAAGGGAUCUAAGGAAAUAGAUACUCCAUUAGAACAAAAGGAAAUUUACAAUGAAAAUGUAAGUGAACCUACAACGAUGAUGGAGGCCAACGUUAAAUCACCAAUUCAAGAGGAAGAAACUAAGCCUCCACUUGAAGAAGAACCACCUGUUGUUAUCAAACAAGAGGAAGAAGUCGAGCCACUUUUUACAGGGAAUAAUAAGGUGCAUACUGUGGUUGAACAAGAGGAAACAAAAUCUCUAAUCAGGCAAGAAGAGGAGGAAGAAAUCAAACCUCUGAUCAAACAAGAGGAAGAGGUUGAAUCUUUGAUAAAGGAAGAAGAAAUUACUUUACCACCGGCCAAGCCAGCGUUUGAAGACAACGAAGAAGACAUGAGUUACCAGUUUAUCCCAUUAGAACAUGACAAGGAAUCUACUUCAUCGAAAGAAGGAGAAGAAGAAGAAACAGAAGAAGAAGAAGCAGAAGAAGAAGACGGAGAGGAAGAUGAUGACGAAGACGAUGACGAGGAGGAAGAAGAUUUUGACGUCGAUGCAUUUGAUAUUGAAAAUCCUGAUAAUACAUUAUCUGAAUUAUUACUGUACUUGGAACAUCAAACCGUUCAAGUUAUUUCCACAAUUCAAUCAUUAUUAACUUCGAUCAAACAACCGCAAUCUACUAAAGGUAAUUUGAGAAAUAAGUCAAACGCCAUUAAUUUGGUUAUUAGACAGAUGGUUGAUGCUACGAGUAAUUCUAUGAAUCAAAGUCGUAAUGCAAACUUAAAGGAGCAUGGUAGUUGGGUUGUUCAAAGUUUGAAAGAUUGUUCAAGAAGAAUUGCAAUUUUGUGUCAGUUGAACAAUGAAGGUGUAUUAGUUGAAGAGAAUGGAGACAUUGAUUAUGCUGAUAAGAAUUUCAAACAAAGAUUAGCUGGAAUUGCAUUUGAUGUGGCUAAAUGUACGAAAGAACUAGUGAAGACGGUAGAAGAAGCUAGUUUAAAGGAAGAAAUUGAAUUCUUAAAUUCUAGAAUUCAUUGA